AUGUCAAGCGAAUUACUGCUCAAAUUGGCUGAACGCAACGCCGUAAUCAUUCUGACCUCGGCCUCGGUGGAUGACUGCGAAAACGUGCGUUCAAAGUUGAUGCGCUCCACGGGUCUGGAGGAGACGCACGUGGAUUGUAGGCGACUGGACCUGGACAGCACGCGUUCCAUCCGGCGCUUCGCUGGCGCCAUCCGCCAC